AUGGGCGUGGACAUAAGCAUGGGGAUGAACAUGGACAUCAACAUAGUCAUCAACAUGGACAUCAACAUAGUCAUCAACAUGGACAUCAACAUGAACAGCAAAAUGGACAUCAACAUGGACAUCAACAUGGACAUCAACAUUGAUAUCAACAUGGACACGAAUUGUCUUACGUCGCAAAAUGUAGAAGGCGGUUUGAAUCAGGGAAAAUACACCCCAUACGAAGCCCACUGUGGACGCUCAGAAAAUCUGUACACCUCAGACGCAUGA